CCCAGCUAAGAGAGAGAAAACACACACAAGGGUGAGAAAGCCUGUGCAUGCACACACUGAGAAGGACAGAAGAAGAGAAGAGCUUUAAGAAAGACAGAAAGCAGAGCAAGAACAGAGGGGGAGGUGAGUGAGAGACAGAGGGAGGAAGACGAAGAGUGAAGGACUGCUGGAUCAUGCCUCUGACAGGGAAGGUGGCUCUGGUGACCGGGGGGGCUCAGGGCAUCGGGAGAGCCGUGGUUCAGUCCCUGCUGCAGAGCUCAGCCAAGGUGGCUGUGGUGGACCUGAACAAGACAUGUGGAGAGGAGAGCAAGGCACAGCUGGACGCCGAGUUCGGAGAGGGACACUGCAUCUUUAUUCCCUGUGAUGUGUCCAAUGGAGACACACUGAGAGAUGCCUUCCAGAGCACCGUGGAGCAGUUUGGCCGUCUGGACAUCGUUAUCAACAACGCCGGCAUCAACAACGAAAAGAACUGGGAGAAGACCAUACAGGUGAACCUGACCUCUGUGAUUAAAGGGACCUAUUUGGCACUGGAGCACAUGAGUAAAGAGUACGGCAAGGAAGGAGGCAUCAUCAUUAAUGUAUCCUCUAUGGCAGCCUUCCUGCACUCCCCUCAUCAGCCUGUAUACACUGCCACUAAACAUGGAGUCAUUGGCUUCACUAGAGCUAUGGCGGACGCGUCCUUGCAGGGCGAUUACGGCGUCCGGAUUAACGUCCUGUGUCCAGCCUUCGUGGACACUCCUCUGCUGCACUCAGUGGAACACGAGGACAACAUGGGCAAGUUCGUCAAGUUUAAGGACGAUUUCAAACGAAGUAUGAGCAAGUUCGGAGUCUUACAGAUUGUGUCUGUGAGCUGAUGGUGAUUCAUUCUCUCCAAACAACUGCAGGGAAAUGCACGCUCUCGAAGACUCAGCCUGUCUCUUACGGACUUCUGAUUACAUUCUUAUUUCACACAAGUGGCCCAGAGUCCAUUUGGCAGCUGAAUGAUACUUCAUCUUCCUGUAUUCUUUUGGAGCCUUUCUAAGAGACUGAAGCACAGCAUGGUCAGAACUGCUCUGCCCUCAGGAGCCAGCAGAGAAUCAUCUGAGGGCUCAUAACAGCUACUGAUCAACUGUGAACAUACCACAGGAACCUUCUUACACUGUGCAGCUCGCUCUCUCUCUCUCUCUCACGAUGUCACGAGUUACUCAUUAUUUCCAGUGUGUAUUUGUGUGUGUGUGUGUUCAUGUUGUCUCUGUGUUUGUCUGCAGGCCUUCUCUGAUCGCAGAGGGCAUGAUGAGGCUGAUCAUGGACUCCAGUCUGCAUGGAGCAGUGAUGAAGAUCACAUGCUCCAAGGGAAUCCACUUCCACACCUAUGAACCCAUGUCUGCCUGAGCCCAGACGCACUGCCCUGAUUCUUUGUCCAUGUCCCCUAAGGGACUCACUCACUCAAACAUGACAAAAAGAUCUGGAUGUGUUUGCAGUGAAUGUGCUGACCUUCAUUUGGAUUUCUUCCAGAUGUCACACAUCUGUCUCAAGAUGCACAUCUGAUGUCCCAGCUUAUGCGUUGGUCAGAGUUUUAGCGUAGAUGAAGAGGACAGAGCAGCUGUCUGUCUACAGUGACUGAAUACUGCUCACUUUAUGUUACUUUGAUUUUAUAUUGUGAAAUGUUAAUAAUGGCAAUCUUUUUGUAAUUUAUAUUUUUAUUACAGUGUGUCAAUAAUAAAUGAUACAAAUGAAA